UCACUCAAGCAGCUGUAACUGAGGCUUUUGAGAUGUUGUUCCUGUUUUUGGGUGUGGUCAUCAAUUAAGUUCAGAAAACUGUUUCUCAGGAACUGCCAGUCCGAUUGAGCUCAAAUUAGGUAUUCAUCAUCGUUAUCCUAAUUUGUAAGUGUUUGUUAAUAUCGACCUGGUUGCUGAAAAAGCAUGGCCACCACUGGCACCAAUCGGCUUGCAGUUUGGCCAGUUAACUUUCAGCAGGCAUUUGAUAGGGUUAACAGUCAAUAAGUGUCACAAAACCUGAAUAACCGGCAACUCUAGGAACCCACUAAAAAUGAUGCCUUUUCACUCACACUGGCCACUAAACCCUUUUCAUAUAGUCAAGCAUAUCUCGUGUAAAAUAAGGCGUACAUUAAAGAUUCUUUCUUUGGCUAUCUUUCAUCGAUUCGUGCUUCAAAACUGUGGUGUCAGAUUACGCAUAAGUGCCUGCCCAUCAAUAAUUGUCUUACAAGUCAUUGAUGGGCUGGCACUUCUGAGUAAUCUUUUCACCGCCUGCGAACGAAUCAGUGCGAGUCAGAGCUUACUUUUUAGUCAAACAGCUACAACACAUGAAAUAUUGGAUGGAUUCAGUCAAAACCUGAAAGGCAUAUUCAGGACUAGAUUCUGAGGUAUGUCAAUGGGAACACCAUAGCAAAGAACAAGGAUACCAUAGCAACUACCUAACAACAGCCUAACAGCCACACGGAACAUCACAGCAAUACCUUAGCAACCAACGAAUGACUAACUACGUUCUUGCGAAUACUGCAAUUUUGCUGCAGGUUACUGCAAAGAAUUGGGAUUAUUUAUACAACACCUACACAAUCAACAUUCCUGUUAUCAUACAAGGCAUAUCCCACAUUUAUAAAUAUUUAUUAUAUUGGUAGCUAUCUCAACUCUAAAAACUACCUCAGCUCGACAUUGAACAGCAUUGCACUGCACUUCAUUCCACAUACAGAUCAUAGUUUUGCUAAAGAACAUUUGCCUCCCUUAACGGAAAAAGACCUCUUUCCCAACAUCCAAUAUGAGUGGUGUGGCAGAACGGAUUUUGGAAAAUAAGGACAAGAUUGAAAAGGGAGUGGAGAUCCUAGGUAAAGGCUGUGAGAUCCUGGCAGUCACUGUAGGCCAGUUCAAUCCCAUCCUGGAGGCAGUUUUUAGGGUCUCAGCUGAGAUCCUUUGCAACCCAGAGGGCAAGGAGGCGAAGUAUCUUGCUGAUCAGUUUGAAAGUGUCAACCAGAAGUUGGAAAACAUUGAAAAAACACAGCUGGCGCUGCAGCGAUCAUUAUUGAACAUGGAGAACUUUAAGUUCUACACACAGAUAAUCAACCAGUAUGAAAUGUUUAAAUAUAUAUUCACAGCCAAACCCCAGUAUAAAAGGCUGAAGAUAAACGAGUUCCUCAUCUACUUUGAGGUAUAUGAUGGAGAAAAGAACCUUGAUUGCUUGUACGAUGCCUUCACUAGAGAGAACUCUUCUGGAGAUCCAAUGCUGACCACUAUACUGGCCACCGAGCAGCGGAGCAGGAGGGCAGUGGAGGAAUUCUGUGCUUCGAUGAAGAAGGUGUUUGUGGUUGGGAUCAUGGCAUUGAUGGGCUACGCUGCGCUAAAGGAAGGCACUGUUGGAGAGGAUAUGGUGAAGAAAUGGCAAGACCGCAUGGAGGAGGUGGAGAAGCGCAUGAAGGCAGCAGUAGAUGAAUGUGUGGACAACUUUCCUGCACAAGCCAAGAUUGAUAUAAAUCAGAAGCUUACAGAGAGGCAGAGCAGUGUCGACCCUGAGUUUACUAAAUUCAUACUGGAUGCCCUUGUCAAGAAGUAUGACUGGGUGUCCUGGUCAGUUAGGGUGUUUAAAGAUGAUGACAGCAAACUUGGGAAGUUUCUGUUUGGCAAGCGGCACCAUGUAAAUGGAGGUGACAAUUAUUUUGAGCUUUUGUGCAAUAAUAAAAUAAUGAUUGUGGUGUCUUUCACUGAGGACCCUAAACCGCUCAACAAGAGUCAAAUAAAUGAUCAAAUAGAGGAAAAGAAAGGUGAUAUGAAAUCUAUGGCUGAGUCUCUAUGUAGGAGUUUUCCUAACUGCCAUGUGCAUGCUGUCAGUCGCGCUAACAGAGUGGAGGAAGCCAAUAAUUUCAACCCUGAGCACUUUUAUUAUAUACAUCACAAAAAAGCUUACAUUUGUAUCCACUCAGAAUAAUGGAAUUUAGAUCAAAUUAAAUAUAUUAAUGCCAAUCAGAGUCUACACUAUCUGCUCUAUUUGGAUUCUUCAGGCUCCUAUUAAUUAAUGGAUUCUACAUUUAGACAAAAAUUUAUGCUUGUUGUUGUUGUUGUAGCACUUAAUCAUGGAAACAAGACAGAUUUAGACUGAGGGUCAAAGCACUAAGGCUUGACAGGAACACAUUAGGCUCUAAAGAAGGAAAUAUGAACAGAAAAGAAGUUUGAUAUUGUUUUAAUGUCCAUACCUUAUAUAAACCCUUACAUAUGUAAAUAAACCCAAAGUUUAGUAAACCUAUUCCCAGCCUAUGACCUAUUUUUUUUCUGAUACACCUAAUGUAAACACUGGUUACAUUCCCAGCAUUUUUAUUUUAUAUUGUUAUAUCUUUUUGCAUUACCCGUUACUAUUGUCCUGUUUCAGUAAUCAUCGUACUACCUUGUGCUGUUUGCACAUGCACUUUAUACAGUCCUGUAUAGGUCUUAUUUAGUUCUGUGUAAUCUCAUGUAUUUUGGUGUUGUGUUAUGUAGCAUCAUGACCCUGAAGGAAUGUUGUUUCAUUUCACUGUGUACUCUACCAUCUGUAUAUGAUUGAAAUGACAAUAAAGCCAGAAUACAGACUUUCCCUUCUAAAUCUAGUGCAUGAACUUGUAAAUCUAUUAGAGCUUACUGUUAAAUACAGGCUUUUAAGCUAUUAUUAGAUUUUACCAUUACAUCAUUGAGCAUUAGUAAUUAAUACAUAAGUAAUGCAUAUAAAAUGAUUAAUAAAUGAUACUAUUGAAAUAUCUAAUCAUUGUUUC